AAACUCAACUCCUCUCUGAUUUACAUGUAACGGUCUUUCAUUUUUCAGUGUGUGGAGUCUUUAGUGUAAGAGCUUCAGAUAUCUGUCACCGUAGGAAUCUUAUUAAGAAACAUACUUUCACACCAUAAUGAGGGCAAUGGUCAUGUGACAAAGUUGCCCUGUUGGCCAAUCAACACAAGCCUAAUCUCUCAAGAGAGGGGAAAAAGUGUUGUUGUUUUUCAUUCAGCGCUGCAAUUUCAACAUGACGACGUCUACGAAGUUUGCUUUCUAUCUGACAUGUUUCCUCUUGGGGAAAAUGGCUCAGAUGAAUAACUUCAAUCUGUCCACAACUGUUCAUCGAGACAGUGAAUUUAUGUCAGUUGAUGUUGGUGACAACUUGACUUUGCAGUGUUUUUAUGACAGUGAUGCUACAAAGUAUUACUGGUACAAGCAAACACUGGGACAGAAGCCACAAAUUAUCUCUAUGACCUACAGGUUUUCUGAUAGUAGCACUUUUCAUGGUGAAUUUAAGGACAAUCCACGCUUCAAACAGAAAACUUUUGACAAUUUGACUCAGCUAAAAAUUUCAGAUGUACAACUUUCAGACUCAGCCACGUACUACUGUGCAAGAGGUACUGCAUUUAUAUUCAAAUUCAUUGAGGACGUCACUGUCAGUGUUAAAGGCUCAGGGUUGAACAUCCAGGCUCGGCUCCAUCAGUCGGCAUCUGAGACCAUCCAGCCAGGAGGCUCUGUGAACCUCAGCUGCACAGUUCACACCGGGACCUGUGACGGAGAAUACAGUGUUUACUGGUUCAAGAACUCUGAAGAGCCUCACCCAGGACUCAUUUACACCCAUGGAGACAGGGAUGAUCAGUGUGAGAGGAAAUCCAACACACAAACACACAGCUGCACCUACAACUUGUCCAUAAGGAGCCUGGACCUCUCUCAUGCUGGGACCUACUACUGUGCCGUCGCCUCAUGUGGACACAUCCUGUUUGGAAAUGGGACCAAGCUGGAAUUUGACAAUGAGGUGGACCAACUUCUCAUGGUGUAUUUCUGGAGUGCAGCUUCGACAGUCAUCACCCUGCUGAGUAUUUUACUUGCUUUCUCUGUAUGCAUCGUGAACAAGAGGAACUGCUGCCCUCCUACUGAUUCUCGUGCAACACUUUCACCGUCCUCCAAAAUGAAUGCAAAGGGCGACCAAAAUGAAGACAACACCUAUUUUAUUGCUUUGAGGCAGAUGGAGAUUGACAGAUCAGGAAGACAGCAAGACGACACCUGGAGCGAAUGUGUUUACCUCAGUGUAAGGCAGUAGAUCUGGACACCUUCUGUCUUUGCUUCCAUAAUCGCACGUGGCCACAUUAGCGUCACUUUAAAUGUGUAAAGCUAUGCUUUUCCUGAAAUUGUAACAAUUUUGUAAAUAAGGUUUGACCUCAACGUGAUACACAUAAAGCCUCACCUUGCUGUAAUCUCAAUAAAAAUCUCAAGAAGA